AUGGCCUUCUCGCCCCCGCUGAUCGACUGGGAGGCGGAGAGCUACCCCGCCUACCCAGACUUCGCGGCCAUUCCCUUUUUCGUCGUCUUCUUCCUCGUCGUCCGUUUCUUCCUCGACCGCUUCGUAUUCGAGGUUGUUGUUUUUCCCGCUCAUUUUUUCCCUGUCAUUUUCAGCGAUGCUUGA